ACCUUACUCUCACAUCACAUCACAUCACUUCACACCACAUCGCCAACUGCUUGCAUAGACUUCGAGUAGAGCACUCGGGAGUACCUGAGCCAACAUGGCGCCAAGUAUACCAAUUCCCACCCAAGGUGGCAUGUUUCAUACCUUCCAAGGAGUUACUCCUAGGAAGCAGUCUACUGAUUCUACAGAGAGCGCCAAGACGAAUGGCAACGGCACAGCCAAGCGUAUCACCACACCUCAUGCAUGCGCAGAAUGCAAACGCAGGAAAAUUCGAUGUGAUGGCCAACAGCCAUGCGGCCAAUGUCUCUCCAGUAGAGCUCCUAAGCGAUGUUUCUAUGACAAGCACCGCCAAAGAGUGAUUCCGUCGAGAAAAACUCUCGAGGCUUUAUCGCAGUCUCUUGAGGAGUGUAGAUCGAUCCUUAAGAGGUUAUUCCCUAACCACGAGGUUCAGUCUUUGCUCCCAUUACCUCGCCAUGAGCUUCUCAACCUCCUCGAUCGACCUCAAAUCGACACUACGACGGCACUACCAUCACCGCCGUUACAUACAUCCCCCAUGUCUGGCGAUAUGGGCUCACCUUCUCUAUCUGGAUCGGACCAAGGUCUUUCCAGCUUAGAGCAAAUACCGUCCAGAGAUAUCGAAUGGGACGAAGAGCGCCGAGGACGCGACCCUAUUCCGGUUGAAGCAGACGACGUAAACGCGCUAUCCCUCUCAGUCGACCGCCAAGCAUCGUAUCUGGGUGCUUCAUCCAUCAAAGCCGCACUUAUGGUAAUGCUAAAGGUCCAACCCGGCCUUAGGAAUUCUCUCACUCCCCCACUUAAUAGUGUAGAAAUGGCCCACAAUCUCCCCAUCAUGAGACAAAAAGUUACAAACCCCAAGGAGCCAUCACGGGUACCCUGGUCGUGGAAGGGACAGACAUUAAUCGACGCGUACUUCAAGCGCAUCCACGUAUUCAUCCCAAUGCUAGACGAGGCCUCUUUCCGCGCAGACUACCUCGAGGGCCAGCGAUACGACGCCCCCUGGCUCGCGCUGCUCAAUAUGGUUUUCGCCAUGGGCUGCAUCGCGGCGCUUAAAUCCGACGACUACAACCACCUAAACUAUUAUAGCCGAGCUAUGGAGUACCUACCCAUGGACUCCUUCGGCAGUAGCCACAUUGAAACCGUGCAAGCGUUAGCGUUAAUCGGGGGUUACUACCUGCACUACAUCAACCGCCCGAACAUGGCCAACGCCGUCGUCGGCGCCGCUAUCAGAAUGGCCAGCGCCCUCGGCCUGCACCGCGAGAGCCUAGCCCACGGCCCCGCCGGCACCAGUAAGGAGAUCGCCGCGGCAGAGACCAGGCGACGCACUUGGUGGAGCUUAUUCUGCCUCGAUACCUGGGCCACGACAACCAUGGGCCGCCCCUCCUUCGGCCGCUGGGGUCCUGCAAUUAACAUCCGCCCUCCUGAGACAGGCGUCAGCACAGGUCGCGACUCCGCACAACACGCCGGCAUCCUACCCCUAGUCGAAAACAUCAAGUUCUGCAAGAUCGCCACCGCGAUCCAGGAUAUGCUCGCCAUCUCCCCGCUUCUCCGCGCCGAGGACCGCUGUAAUCUCGACGGCCAACUCGUAAACUGGUUCAGCAGUUUGCCUUGGUUACUACGCACCAGCGACCCCUGCGCCGAACCGCUGUACAUCGCGCGCUGCAUCAUGAAAUGGCGGUACCAAAACCUGCGGAUGCUCCUGCACCGUCCGGUCCUGCUGAACCUCGCCUCCAGCGGCGCCAGCCACGCCGCCGAGCACGACAUCGCGGCCAUCGAAGCGUGUCGGGACCUCGCGAAGCAGACGAUCGAGGAUAUCUCGCGCGAGUGGUCGCGCAACCAGAUGUCCGGGUGGAACGCGGUCUGGUUCCUCUACCAAGCCGCCAUGAUCCCGCUCGUCUCCAUCUUCUGGCAGUGGGACAGUCCCAGAGUCCAGGAUUGGCAGAAGCAGAUCGAGACCAUCCUCGAACUGCUCGAGGCCAUGGAGGAUUGGAGCUUGGCGGCCAGACGCUCGAGGGAGGUCGUCUGGCGCAUGUAUGAGGCAUCGAGACAGCUUGAGCCCGCGCUGCUACGACAGUCCCAGCAGAGCCCGAUGUCCCGCCUGCAGGUCGUUACGGAUCCCACGGGUGUGAGUAUGGGGUCUCUUAGCGCGGACGGCGCGGAUCUGCAUAUGAGUCCUAUCGGGCUUGAGCCCGAGGGGUUCGGGGGCAUGAUGGGUAUGCUGGACCAGCAUGGCUUAUGGGAUCUCGACGGCAUGCUUUGGGGCGCGCCGGACGAGAUGGAGUGGGCGCAGCAGCAUUUCGGCGCCGGAACCGGGUCCUUGCAUGAUGGCGCGCCGGCGGGUGGCUGCGGGCUUAUGGGCCAGCUUGGCGCUUACGGCAUUGAUGGCUCGGCGUUUUCUUUCGUUCACUGAUUUUACGUACGUGGUACAUACCGACUUACUAUUCGUCCAUCCAUUUGCUGGGCGGACGUGUACGAUGGGGAAGAGAUACUUGGCUACGCAGCUGCGACUACUGGUGCUGUUGUUACGAUGAUUGGGUGGAUGUUUGUUUGUUGUAUAUCGGAU